CUGCCGCCGCAGCCGCCGCGGGUCCGGGCCUGGGCAGGCGGCGGCGGGGCCAUGCUGGGCAAGGACUACAUGCUGGCCAUCGUCCUGGUCAACUGCGACGACAAUCUCUGGAGCGACCAGAGCCUGGAGACAGACCCCGACCUCCCCCCAGGCUGGAGGAAAAUCUGUGACUCUCUGGGCACCUACUACUGGCAUGUGCCGACGGGCACGACGCAAUGGCAGCACCCUGCACGCACCACCAGCCCAGGAGGGCACCCGGAGGGUGAUGGAGAGGAGACACUACAGGGAAGGGAAUGCCAGGCCCCCGGAGCGAAGCACUCGGCAAAGGAUAGGCCCAUUCCCAGCCCCAUGGCUUCGCUGACCAGGAGGCCCUCGCUGUCCUGGCACGGAGAGGACACCCAGCACAGCGCAGAGCCCGGCUCCAAGUGCUUUGCCGUGCGCUCACUGGGCUGGGUGGAGAUCCCCGAGGAGGACCUGGCACCGGGCAAGAGCAGCAUUGCUGUCAACAACUGCAUCCAGCAGCUCUCCAACAGCAAGGGCCAGGGCUCUGCGGAGAACCGGGGUGAGGGCCAGGACCUGGUGAUGAUCCUGAAGAAGGACACCAUGAGCCUGGUGGACCCCCUUGAUCGCAGCCUCAUCCACCGCCAGCCCAUCCUCAACAUCCGCGUCUGGGGCGUUGGCUGCAACAACGGCAGGGACAGAGACUUCGCCUUCGUGGCCAGUGACAAGGACACCUGCGUCCUCAAGUGUCACGUCUUCCACUGCAACGUGCCCGCCAAGGGCAUCGCCAAGGCCCUGCAUGAGAUGUGCUCCAAGAUCGUGGCCGAGCGAGCCGUGGCCAGCAGCCGCCUGCCUCGCGCUGCCACGCUGGAGCCCAUCUCCACCGAGGACCUGCCGCUGCAAGUGGAUAUCCUGGAGGCGGUGAGGCAGUCGAUGCAGACCUACGAGGCGCUGUACAUCGGCAGCCUGCCCGUGCCCAGGGCCAUGGGGAUGGACGUGUUGAACGAGGCCAUCGAGAAGCUGACGAGGAGCCCCGGGCGGGAGAGCUGGACGCCCUCCCUCAUCUACGUGUCGGACACGGCCAUGAGGGUUCAGCCGGCGCAGGAGCCCGAGGAGGCGGCGAACAUCUGGGAGUGCCAGGUGCGGUACGUGACCUUCCUGGGGGUGGGCCGGGACGCGCACACCUUCGCGCUCAUCGUGGACACGGGGCGACGCUUCCAGUGCGCGGCCUUCUGGUGCGAGCCCGACGCCGGCACCAUCUCGGAGGCGGUGCAGGCCGCCUGCAUGGUGCAGUACCAGAAGUGCCUCGUGGCCGCCGCGCCGGGGGCGAAGGCGAAGAGCACGGCAGGCCGGGGCCGGGCCGGGUCGGCGGCCGCGGGGGACGGAGCCCGCGGAGCGGCCAAGGCGGGGGGGGGCGCGGCGGGGAACCAGGAGCGCGGCUGGAACGACCCCCCCCAGUUCUCGUACGGGCUGCAGGCGCAGGCCGGGGGCUCCCGCCGGACGCCGCUCACCCGCCGGGCCCCCCCCCCGCCCGAGGGCGCAUCCCCAGGUGCCCCCCCGGCCCCGGGCAGUGCCCCCGCAGACCCCUCCGCGCCGCCCCCCCGGGCGCUGGGGCCGCCCCCGCUGGGGCCCGUGGGCGCUGCCCCGCGGGCCGAGGCGCGGCCGUGCCCGGAGGAGCGGGAGUGCAGCGUGUCCGCCGACACCGUGCUCGCCCCGCUGCGGGCGGCCCUGGACUCCUGCCGGCCCUCGGUGCAGAAACAAGUGUGCAAUGACAUCGGGCGGCGGCUGACAGUGCUGGAGGACGCGUGGGCUCAGGGGAAGCUGUCGGCACCGGUGAGGAAGAGGAUGAGCCUCCUGGUGCAAGAGCUCCAGCAGCAGCACUGGGACGCGGCUGACGAGAUCCACCGCUCGCUCAUGGUGGACCACGUGAACGAGGUGAGCCAGUGGAUGGUGGGCGUCAAGCGCCUCAUCGCCGAGACACGGAACCUGCCCGACGCAACGGACGGCAGCGCUGAGACCGAGACCGAGCCCAAGACCGAGACCGAGCCGGGCCAGGAGGAGCCCUGACACCGGGGGCGGGGCUGCGGACUGUGAGCGGGGCAGCCCCUGCCCGGGGCCACCGGCAGGAGCAGGGACCCCGCUGCCAGAGGGAGUCGGGGCACCCCCUCUGCUUCCCAAUCCUCAUCCAGGAAAAGGGGAUUUUAAUCAUUGCGACAUUUUAGUGGCGAUUCAUUAUGUUUAAUAAACAACACCAACCUGCCCCC